AUGGGCAAUACUUCUAGUUACUACAGUGCGGUGUAUGCUAAUCCGCAUAUACAUCGGCGUAAAGAACUGUGGGGUGACUUGACAAGGAUUGCUAAAAUGAUCCACGGACCUUGGAUUGUGUUAGGGGACUUUAAUGAUGUUCUGUUGCAGAGUGAAGUUAAAGGGGGGCAGUUUAGACUUGCCAGAGCAGAACAAUUUGCGAAAAUAUUGGAGGAUUGUAGGCUGUUUGAUAUGGGGGACUAUUGGGAGAAGAUUCACUUGGUACAGGAAGGUGAAAGGUGCAAGAUGGUAGAGAGGGCUACCAAAGGCCAUCGUCCGUUCAGAUUCCAGACUGCAUGGAUGACUCAUCCUCUUUUUAAGAAUGUUGUUCAUAUAGCUUGGAAUAAAGGAGCUCCGGAUGUGGUCAAAUGUUUGUUGAAGGUUCAAAAAGAAGCAACUAGCUUCAAUAAAAAGGUUUUUGGCAAUAAUUUUGUAAAGAAAAGGGAGCUGGAGAGGCUUUUGAAUGACGUUCAGAUUACUCUGGAGAAUUGGGAGGAUCAACAACUUAGGAUCAAAGAGCAAGUUUUGCAUCAGGAACUGAAUGAUGUCCUUCUUCAAGAAGAGCUGUUGUAG